AUGUGCUGGCAGGAAGGUGGUGGAAGAGGAUGUGUGUACCCUCAUGGAAACUGCAGGCGGAACCUUACCGCAAGGAGCCCUGCAAGGCGUUACAGCAAGUACAAGCACUCACCUGUCAUUACUGCUGUAUCACUGCUACACUUGUUGCCUUUGCUACUCAUGUGGAUGCCACCUGUGUGCGCAGAAAACGGUAAUGUGACGGUAAAAGUGCUAUCCAUGAUGCAUAAUCCAGCUUAUACCGAAGGUGAAAUUAACGCCCUGAAUGCCGGCUUUGACGCAUCACUGAGUGCCCACAGCUGGAAGACGGGCUCUAAUGCGACAAUAUCUGUCAUCCGUCCCUCAUCACCCAAUGCGACAGUUGAUGGCAUGAUUCAGGAGGGAAUGGAUCAAAGCAAAGACAAGUUAUUAGUUGUGUUCGGGCCCCUGGGUAGUGACCGUGUCGCAAAUGUCCGAAAUAAACUAAGGGAAAAUGAUCUUGUUGCCCUCGCUCCCGUUGCGCACUCCAGUGAGGUCCGUGGUUGGAACCCUCACCUUUAUUUCAUAAGUGUCGAACCCAAUGCUGAACUCCUCGCCCUCAUUCGUUAUGCUGUUGUUUACCUCCGUGUCCCACGAAUAGGUAUGAUGCACGUGAAGAGCAGCACCGCCAGUAUGGGACCGUAUGAGUUUACUCUGCAGAUAUUGGAAAUGAUGGGUCGCGAGUUGUGUGGAAUGUUCGUUGUGAAGGAUAGUGAGAAUCAAAAUAUCUCUGAGGAUGAUUUGAACACCAGGUGGAGACAAUUUGUUGCUACGCGCCCACAGGCUAUAUUGCUGUUUUCAUCCCUGGUGGAUGGCAGCAUCACGUGGUUCAUCAAGAAGGUAGCACAGGACAACCGCACUGCCAAUGCGUAUCUUCUUUCUACUUCACUACAGCAGGGUCCUCUUAUCAACAUGUGGCGUGAGGCAUUGGCGUUAGCUAAUCGUACAUUUACUCCUGGACAGCUGAUCACAACUGGAACAGUGCCGCUCGCCAGCGACAUUCGGUUCUCACUGAUUCAGCACUUCCAGCAUGACAUGGACAACUACCUGGAUACAAAAAGUGACUGGAAGGGCUUUGCGAAACCCGAUCACUACCUUGAGGACGACAACGCAGGUGAGAUGAUGGUGUAUGGGUGGCUUGCAGGAGAAGUUCUCUUCCAGGCUCUGAAUAACGCUCCACAGCUGACGAACCGUACGUCAUUCAUGGAAUCUCUGUACGAGCAGCGUCGCUACGUGAUUGAUGACCUUGUGGUUGGUGACUUUGGUGGUGAGUGCAAUGAGGCCGUUGCAUUACAGGGUGCCAUGUGUAAUUGCAAUCAAGGUGGCAGUAUGGUAUAUAUGAAGAGUAUAAUGGAUGGCUUCCGACCAGCGCCUUUGUGGGAAGGACAUCUAACGUGGGGUGUAUCAGAGUGCUCGAGUGCCAAUGUACAUGUGGGUGCGCCAUUGAGUGGCCUCUUUUUGCUUCUCGCAGAUAAUAAAAUUGCAUUACGUGCGAGCAGGAAGUGGUUCCUUGGUGCCGAGGUUCAUGGCAAGGAAGCGGAGAAUAUUGACAAUAGAAUAUUUUUCCAUCCCCUAACAGUAUCUUCAGAGAAUGUGACGCAAUCCCUUGAGCAAGUACAGGAUAACAGGGAUGUAUCUGCAGUAUUUGGUAUCAUGCCUGGAGGGCUUCUGGAUCGAAAAGAUUUAGUGUUCAUCAGUCCUAUGACACUUCGGCCCCGCAUGAAAUUGUUUAGGAGAAACGUAAUACACUUACUGCCUGUCCUUGCGCAGCAACUUUAUGUGCUUGCUGUGUAUCUCUCCAACACUUCUUCCAGAGGAGUAAAUGCACUCAUACGUAGUGAGCAAGCAGGGGAGAUCAGUAGCCUGCUGCACAAGUCAUUGGACACGUUUGGUGUGCCGCUUGAUUCCAGCAAGACACUUGGUGAUGGUGACCCGAUAGCGUCAUAUCUCUCGGGUGAUGGAGAUGUGUUUACUAUUGGACUCACUCUCACUGACGUUGCUGCAGUUGCGCGGCACCUUCAGGCACACCGCAGGGCACGUGUAUUCAUUCCAUUCAAUGACCUUGCAAUGUACUACGAUGAGUUUGUAGCUGCGUUUAAUGCGAGUAAAGAGUCUAUUGCUAGCUCAGAGCGGCUCCUAUUCGCGACGAGUUUUCCACACUGGGCGGAGAAGGACACGAAAUCAGAUGUGGUUGCGAGUUUCCAUCGCAUUGUGAAUGAAUCGCAUUGGGAUCCACUAACGUUCUUAGGUUUUGUUACCACUCGGCUGCUUCAAGUGAUUCUCCCGAAUAUGAAGAAAGUGAAUGCAGAGCUGCUGGCAGACCGCAUUUACACGGAGUCCAACAUCAAAGUGGAUGACAUGCGAUUUGGACCCUUCAAUGAUGUGGAAUGUGUUUCUGGUACGAGUGUUUCGGCAAAUGAGUGUGCCUCAAACUUUGGAGCCACAAACAUUUCUGUAUGGUCGAUGGCGCGUGUGCUGAAUUCAAGUGUGCCCAUAUUGCAACGCGGCAUGACACCGUCUAUGGGGUAUAUCAUUUCAGGAGGGAGUCGUCUCACAGGGUCACAGAUAGCCGGCAUAGGUAUCGGGUGUAUAGCCGGCUUGAUACCUUUUAUUGCCCUUGGUGUGCUCCUACGCAUCACCCUGCGGAAUGCUCGUGAUAACAAUCUUGCGCCCAAGGAGCCAACGGACCCUGUGACACUAAUAUUUACUGACAUUGAGAGCAGCACUGCGUUGUGGGCUGCACACCCUGAGCUGAUGCCCGAUGCCGUUGCGACACAUCACUAUUUGAUUCGUUCACUGAUUGGGAGGUAUAAGUGCUACGAAGUCAAAACUGUUGGGGAUUCGUUCAUGAUAGCGAGUAAGAGUCCUUUCGCUGCCGUCCAACUCGCACAGGAAUUACAGCUGUGUUUCUUGCAACAUGACUGGGGAACAAAUGCAGUUGAUGAUUCUUACCAGCAGUUUGAGCAGCAGCGUGCGGAGGAGGACGAGAAGUACACACCGCCAACUGCGCGGUUGGACCUUAAAGUGUACAGUCGUUUGUGGAAUGGCCUGCGUGUACGUGUUGGAAUCCACACCGGGUUGUGCGACAUCCGACACGAUGAAGUGACGAAGGGAUAUGACUACUAUGGGCGGACCCCAAACAUGGCAGCAAGGACAGAGAGUGUAGCAAAUGGUGGUCAGGUGCUGAUGACAGGCUCAACAUACCUGUCACUUUCAGCUGAGGAGCGUGAGCAAAUUGAUGUCACUGCACUUGGUGAUGUGCCGCUACGUGGUGUGCCCGAUCCUGUGGAAAUGUACCAGUUGAAUGCCGUGCCUGGCCGCAACUUUGCUGCAUUACGGCUGGAACGUGAAAUCGAGGAUGAAGAAGAUGUUGGAACAGGUAGUAGCGCUAGUGAGUCGAGCUUUAAUGAGUGUGGUUUAACUGCCACCGCUCAACAGGUUGCUGGUUGCAUUGAUGCUCUCAUUGGCGCAUUUCCAGUUAUCCAGCGACAGAAGAUGCUUGCAACAUUUUGUGAGCGUUGGCAUGUUAAGAAGCCCCCAGGGGUGGAUGCUUGGAAUGAAGCCAGUUGUCGCUGUGUUACCCGUCGGAUUGCUGCAAAGGUGGGUUGUGUUAUGGAUUUUGGAACGAGGAAUACUUCCAGCAGUGUGACAUCAUUGGAAAGGGGUGGAAGUCUCUUUUCACCUGGAGGAGCUACUGUUGCAACGGUUGCUUCAUCUUCAAACUUUUCCUAUGUUGAGGGACGACGCUGCACUCUGCACUUGAUUGACCUGGAAAGUGUUGAGAGUGCCAGCCAAUAUCCUUCAUGA